AUGAAAUUGAAGAACUAUGAUGAUGAUAUAAGAUUUAAAAUAAGACAACGAUAUGCUACGAUUUCUGAUUGGAUGUCAAAAACUAUUGAUUCUGAAAAGGUACCUGAAGUGAAACCUAGAUCUUAAUAUAGUGCAGCAAUUAAAAUUCAAACGCCUGCAAUGAUUUCACUCCAGUAUCCUUUUCAAUUCUAAAACUAGGGCUAAAAGCAUAGAUACAGUUUAGGAUCGUAAACCAAGAUUUUCAUAGUCUCAACAACCAACGACUUUAUAAUCAUCUAAAAUAUAUAGAAAUUUUAUAGAUCCUAAAUAUAUUACAAGAUCUAUAGAUUAUUCAGAGUUAGGGGAUUCUUAAAUUAAAACUAAAAAGAAGAAACCAUUAUAAAAUUAAAGACUUAAUAGAUAAUUUUAGGCUAUUUAUAAUAAGAUGAAACUCAUUUUAGAUUCAUAUAAUAACAGAGAAAGAAUCCUUCUAUAAUAUAUUUCUAAAUUAAAACAAGAAAUCGUAACUCUUAAAUAAAGGCAUAAUCAUUAAACUAUUUGA